CGCACCGUCCCUCCCAUAAAACCCGGCAGGCGACACGGCUCGAGAGAGGCAAAUCAAAACCAAACAAAACCACCGACACCACGAUGGCGCCCCCGCCGCCGCACAUCGCCGUGGUGGCCUUCCCCUUCAGCUCCCACGCGGCCGUGCUCUUCUCGUUCGCGCGCGCCCUCGCCGCCGCCGCGCCGGCCGGGACGAGCCUCUCGUUCCUCACCACCGCCGACAACGCCGCCCAGCUCCGCAAGGCCGGCGCGCUCCCGGGCAACCUGCGCUUCGUCGAGGUCCCGGACGGGGUGCCGCCGGGCGAGACGUCGUGGCUGUCGCCGCCGCGCCGGAUGGAGCUCUUCAUGGCGGCGGCCGAGGCCGGUGGGGUCAGGGCCGGGCUCGAGGCGGCAUGCGCCUCCGCCGGUGGCGCCAGGGUGAGCUGCGUCGUCGGGGACGCGUUCGUCUGGAUGGCCGCGGACGCGGCCGCCGCUGACGGGGCGCCGUGGGUGGCCGUCUGGACCGCCGCGUCCUGCGCCCUCCUCGCGCACCUCCGCACCGACGCGCUCCGCCGGGACGUCGGCGAUCAGGCCGCCAGCCGAGCCGACGAGCUGCUGACCGCGCACGCCGGCCUCGGCGGCUACCGCGUCCGGGACCUCCCCGACGGCGUCGUCUCCGGCGACUUCAACUACGUCAUCAGCCUCCUGGUCCACCGCCAGGCGCAGCGCCUUCCUAAAGCGGCCACGGCCGUCGCCCUCAACACCUUCCCGGGCCUCGACCCGCCCGACCUCACCGCCGCCCUCGCCGCCGAGCUCCCGAACUGCCAGCCCCUCGGCCCCUACCACCUCCUCCCGGGCGCAGAGCCCACAGCAGACACCAACGAAGCGCCAGCCGACCCGCACGGCUGCCUCGCCUGGCUCGACCGCCGGCCCGCGCGGUCCGUCGCGUACGUCAGCUUCGGCACGAACGCCACGGCGCGGCCGGACGAGCUGCAGGAGCUCGCGGCCGGGCUGGAGGCGAGCGGCGCGCCGUUCCUGUGGUCGCUGCGCGAGGAGUCGUGGCCGCUGCUCCCGCCGGGGUUCCUGGAGCGCGCGCCGGGCCUCGUGGUGCCGUGGGCGCCGCAGGUGGGCGUGCUGCGGCACGCCGCGGUCGGCGCGUUCGUGACGCACGCCGGGUGGGCGUCGGUGAUGGAGGGAGUGUCCAGCGGCGUGCCCAUGGCGUGCCGGCCCUUCUUCGGCGACCAGACGAUGAACGCGCGGUCGGUGGCCAGCGUGUGGGGCUUCGGCACGGCGUUCGACGGGCCGAUGACGCGCGGCGCCGUGGCAAACGCGGUGGCGACGCUGCUGCGCGGGGAGGAUGGGGAGCGGAUGAGGGCAAAGGCGCAGGAGCUGCAGGCCAUGGUGGGCAAGGCGUUCGAGCCCGACGGCGGCUGCAGGAAGAACUUCGACGAGUUUGUCGAGAUAGUUUGUCGGGUGUGAUCGUGUACUCGUACAAAUGCUUAGAACUCUAUGGGACCGAUUACGUGUAAGUCGACCGUCUUUUUUAUGUGUGUGUAAGUCACUUUGUUUUUACCGUCAGAUAUCCA